ACAGUGUCCUUCAUUGCGAGAGUGAUGCAGUUUAAAAAUCGGGAGGGUAUGCUACAGUUGUAUAGGGUGCUGGUGAGGCUUGGUGUGGAGUAGUUUGUACAGUUUUAGUCUCCUCACUUGAGAAAGGAUGUACUGGCACUGGAGGGGGUGCGAAGGAGGUUCACGAGGUUGAUUCCAGAAUUAAAAAUGUUGCUGUAUGGGGAGAGAUUGAGUAGACUCCGAUUGCAGUCACUGGAAUUUAGAAGAAUGAGGGGUGAUCUAAUAGAAACUUUUAAAAUUAUGAAACAAAUGGAUCGGAAAUUGUUUCCACUGAUGGGCGAAAUUCCAACUUGGGGGCACAGCCUCAAAAUAAGUGUGAACAGAUUGAAAACUGAGUUGAGGAUGAGCUUCUUCAUCCAAAGGGUUGUGAAUCUGUGGAAUUCUCUGCCCACUGAAACAGUUGAGGUUCCCUUGUUGAAUGUUUUGAAAGCCAAAACAGAUAGAUCUUUGAACAGGAAAGGAAUUGAGGGUUAUGGUGAAUGGGAGGGUAAGUGGAGCUGAGUCCGCAAAAAAGAUCAGCGGAACGAGCUGGAAGAGACAGAUGGCCUACUCCUGUUUUAUUUCUUAUGUCCGUACGUCCUUAGAUUGCCAUCCUUGUCAUUCCUCCUUCCCUGGAAUAGGCCAGUUCUGAACGCUGAUCAGUAGGUCUUUAAAUAACUCCCACGUAUCAAAUGUUGACUUGUUCAAUAAAAGCUCCUCCCAAUUAAUACUGCUCAGCUCCUACCUAACACUGAUGUAAUUUUCCCUCCCCCAAUUUCGUCCCUUCCCACAAGGUCCUGAUUAUCCAUGGCUGUCUUAAAAUGUAAGGAGAUGCGAUCGCCCAUUUAAGAAGCUCCUGGUUCACUGUUUUUCCCAAGUGGGAGUCAGCUACAGGCUUUCUUGUUCCACGAUGGGGGAGGAAAUGGCCGAGAGGUAUUAUUGCUGGACUGUUAAUUCAGAGACUGAGAUAACAUUCUGGGGACCUGUGUUCAAAUCCCAGCACAGCAGAUGGUGGAAUUUGAAUUCAAUAUAAAAGAAAAUCAUGAAUUAAGAAUAUAAUGAUGACCAUGAAUUCAUUGCCAAAUGUCAGAAAAACUCACCUGGUUCACUGAUGUGCUUUCGGGAAGGAAACUGCCACCCUUACAUGAUCUGGCCUACAUGUGACUGCAGACCCACAGCAAUAUGAUUGACUUUGAACUGUCCCCUGGGCAAUUAGGGACGGACAAUAAACACUGCGUAGCUCGGGAUGUCCUCCUCCCAUUAACAAAUAAAUAAAAUUGGAUUCUAGAUCUUCCGAUCCAAGAUCGUUUCUUGCUCUCAUACUAAUUUCUUUGCUUACAGUCACUUUCCCUCCUGCCUGUCUUUUUGGAAUGCCGUAUAGCCCUGCGCACUUAGCUCCAGUGUUGAUCUCCUUGUAACCAUGUCUUUGUAAUAGCUAUAAAAUCAUGCCCGUCAACCUAGAAAUGUGCUAUUAAUUUGUUGAUUUUGUUCUGAAUACAAUGAGCACGCAAGCAAAGAGCCAUGAAUUUAGCUUUAUCACUUGAUUUCACCUCUUGACACUAUUUACAGCUGUUUUCUGUUUGUACAUGCUUGUCUUUUCCAGUAGCACGCUGAGUAUUGUUAUCCCGAUAGUUCUUUCGUAUCAGUCCGUGUGUAUUCCUGGGCGAAUGUGCUCGUGUGGUCUCAGGAGUUGCGGAGGUCACGGCUCUGGGACAGCCGUUUCAUCGCUCUAUGCUGCAGGAAAAAAGCAAUGAAAGUGCCGUUAAUGUUUUGCACGGCGAGCUGCUGCACACUAACCGGUCUCACACCAUUACCAUCACCUUGCCCUUGUGAAGGCAGAUAUGGAUAAGGUUCUCAAAGCUGAUAGAAGAUUGAAACCACUCUAAUCCUGUGACGAUGAACCUACCCCGGAAGAGAGAGCCCAGAGAAUUGCCAAAGCUGUCCGCAAACAGUCAACAGAAGUGAAGGAAAAUUGGGAGCAAUUGAAAACCCGUGCGAGCAACUGGCAGAAACAGGUGGAAAAGGCGUUGGAGAAACUUCAAGAACUGCAGAAAGCGCUGGAUGAUCUUGAGGCUCAUGUGAUAACAGCUGAGGGGGUCCACACUGAUUGGCAACCUGUGGGUGACCUGCUUAUUGACUCAUUGCAGGAUCACAUUGAUAAAACCACAGGUAAGGACUAUCUGCAAAAUCUGAGAUUGGGUUUUGAAAGACAGCAGCCUUUGUUUUGGAGAGAUAAUGGGAACUGCAGAUGCUGGAGAACGCGAGAUAACACCGUGUGGAACUGGAUGAAGACAGCAGGCCAAGCAGCAUCUCAGGAGCACAAAAGCUGACGUUUCGGGCCGAGAACCUUCUUCAGAAAAUGGGGAGGGGGUGCGGGUUCUGGAAUAAAUAGGGAGAGAGGGGGAGGCGGAUGGAAGAUGGAUGGAGGAGAAGAUAGGUGGAGAGGAGAGUAUGGGUAGGGAGGCAGGGAGGGGAUAGGUCAGUCUGGGGAGGCCGGACAGGUCAAGGGAGCGGGAUGAGGGGUAAUAGGGGUGCGGCAUGAGGUGGGAGGGGGGAUGGGUGAGAGGAAGAAUAGGUUAGGGAGGCAGGGACGAGCUGGGCUGGUUUUGGGAUGCAGUGGGAGGACAGGAGAUUUGGAAGCUUGUGAAAUCCACACUGAUACCAUUGGGCUGCAGGGUUCCCAAGCAGAAUAUGAGUUGCUGUUCCUGCAACCUUCGGGUGGCGUCAUUAUGGCACUGCAGGAGGUCCAGGUUGGACAUUUCCUCUCAGGAAUGGGAGGGGGAGUUGAAAUGGUUCGUGACUGGGAGGUGCAGUUGUUUAUUGCAAACUGAGCGGAGGUGUUCUGAAAAGUGGUCCCCAAGCCUCUGCAUCGUUUCCCCAAUGUGGAGGAAGCCACAACGGGGACAGCGGAUGUUUUGGAUAUUUCUUAAGCAUUGAUUUUCAUUCAGAGUUGGUUGGAUUUUGCUGAAGCAAUAGACAUAACUCACUAUGACAUAGACAAUGUCAGAGUUAAUGUUUUGCGUCCUGUGACCCUUCCUCAGAUCUCAGUCUUCACUGAUGCUGCCAGACCUGCUGAGCUUUUCCAGCAACUUCUGCUUUUGUUGCUGAUUUACAGUGCCCACAGUUAGAACAUAGAACAUAGAACAGUACAGCACAGAAAAGGCCCAUCAGCCCACAAUGUUGUGCCGACCAUUGAUCCUCAUGUAUGCACCCUCAAAUUUCUGUGACCAUAUACAUGUCCAGCAGUCUCUUAAAUGACCCCAAUGACCUUGCUUCCACAACUGCUGCUGGCAAUGCAUUCCAUGCUCUCACAACUCUCUGCGUAAAGAACCUGCCUCUGACAUCCCCUCUCUACUUUCCACCAACCAGCUUAAAACUAUGACCCCUCGUGCUAGCCAUUUCUGCCCUGGGAAAUAGUCUCUGGCUAUCAACUCUAUCUAUGCCUCUCAUUAUCUUGUAUAUCUCAAUUAGGUCCCCUCUCCUCCUCCUUUUCUCCAAUGAAAAGAGACCGAGCUCAGUCAACCUCUCUUCAUAAGAUAAGCCCUCCAGUCCAGGCAGCAUCCUGGUAAACCACCUCUGAACCCUCUCCAAAGCAUCCACAUCUUUCCUAUAAUAGGGCGCCCAGAACUGGACGCAGUAUUCCAAGUGCGGUCUAACCAAAGUUUUACAGAGCUGCAACAAGAUCUCACGACUCUUCAACUCAAUCCCCCUGUUAGUGAAAGCCAAAACACCAUAUGCUUUCUUAACAACCCUGUCCACUUGGGUGGCCAUUUUAAGGGAUCUAUGUAUCUGCACACCAAGAUCCCUCUGUUCCCCCACGCUGCCAAGAAUCCUAUCCUUAAUCCUGUACUCAGCUUUCAAAUUCGACCUUCCAAAAUGCAUCACCUCGCAUUUAUCAAGGUUGAACUCCAUCUGCCACCUCUCAGCCCAUCUCUGCAUCCUGUCAAUGUCCCGCUGCAGCCUGCAGCAGCCCUCUACACUGUCAACGACACCUCCGACCUUUGUGUCGUCUGCAAACUUGCUGACCCAUCCUUCAAUUCCCUCGUCCAAGUCAUUAAUAAAAAUUACAAACAGUAGAGGCCCAAGGACAGAGCCCUGUGGAACUCCACUCACCACUGACUUCCAGGCAGAAUCUUUUCCUUCUACUACCACUCGCUGUCUUCUGUUGGCCAGCCAAUUCUGUAUCCAAGCAGCUAAGUUCCCCUGUAUCCCAUUCCUCCUGACCUUCUGAAUGAGCCUACCAUGGGGAACCUUAUCAAAUGCCUUACUCAAGUCCAUAUACACCACAUCCACAGCUCGACCCUCAUCAACUUUUCUAGUCACAUCCUCAAAACCUCGAUAAGGUUUGUAAGGCAUGACCUACCCCUCACAAAGCCGUGUUGACUGUAUUUGAUCAAGCCAUGCUCUUCCAGAUGGUCAUAAAUCUUAUCCCUCAGAAUCCUUUCCAACAACUUGCAGACGACAGACGUGAGACUUACCGGUCUAUAAUUGCCAGGGAUUUCCCUAUUUCCUUUCUUGAAGAGACGAAUUACAUUUGCCUCUCUCCAGUCCUCAGGUACGACUCCAGUGGAGAGCGAGGAUGCAAAGAUCUUCACAAGUGGCGAAGCAAUUGCAUUCCUCGCUUCCCAAAGCAGCCGAGGACAAAUCUGAUCCGGGCCUGGCGACUUGUCAAUCUUAAUGUUUGACAAAAUUUUCAGCACAUCAGCUUCGUCUAUCUCUAUCCAUUCCAGCAUGCACACCUGCUCUUCAAACGUUUCAUUCACUACAAAGUUGGUUUCUUUCGUAAAGACAGAAGCACAAGACUCAUUUAGGGCUUCCCCUACCUCCUCAGGCUCCACACACAAGUUCCCUAUGCCAUCCCUGAUCGGCCCUAUGACGCAGGCAAAACUCUAUCUCUGCAGGAAGCAUGAUGCUGUGUUCUCAAACUUCCCUGCCUUUUUGUCAUAUAAUAUUGUCUUUUUAGGACAGAAGUGGCUUUUUUUUGUUUGCUUUGACUUGUGCACAUACUUUCUAUGCAUGUUAAAAUUCUACACCUUUUCAGUUCACUGCAGUGCUGCAUAAUGAAGACUUGGAACAAUUUUUUUUUUAUAAAGUAGAAAAUCAGUGUGGUUUGUUUUCCAAAAUGUGAUGUGUAAGUGCAACACUUAACAGUGUGUUCAUCAAACUAUUGUUUCCUUUGAUCUUUGUGUUGCAGAAAUUUCUAGAAUCAUUUCAUAUAUAUUUUUCUUGAUAUAUUUAGCAGCUUUCCUGGAGCAAGUCUGGUUUCCUUCGGAUGAGACGACUUUCAGACAUACUCCCUUUAUUAUGAGAUUUAAUUGCAGUAAAAUGAGGAGGAUUUUUAUUCACUGAGACACACAUGACUAUAUGUUUAAAGCAUUGGAAAAUGCGUUCUGUUCGGACUGUCAUGUUAUCUGGUGUUUGUACCAGGCUUUCCGAUUAAAUGCAAGUGAUUAAGGAUGCUAAUGAUGCCACAUGUUAUUACAAGAGGAAAUGAACAUACAAGUCAGGAUUUUAUGCCACAUUUAUACAUAGCAUAUACCAUGCAGCAUGGAUGCAGUGACUGAGUGAAAUGGGAUGCAGUGACUGAGUGAAAUGGGAUGCAGUGACUGAGUGAAAUGGGAUGCAGUGACUGAGUGAAAUGGGAUGCAGUGACUGAGUGAAAUAGGGAUGCAGUGUCGGAGGGAAAUAGGGAUGCAGUGACUGAGACAAAUGGGAUGCACUGACAGAUGGAAAUGGGAUACAGUGCCUCAGUGAAAUGCUCACAACGAAUUGCCCCCUCCAGUCCUGACCCGCUCUCAGCAACUUGCCCCCUCCGUCCUGCCCCGCUCACAGCGACUUUCCCCAUCCGUCCUGACCCGCUGACAGCGAAUUGUCCCCUCCGUUCUGACCCACUCGCAGCGACCUGCCCCUACAGUCGUGACCCGCUCACACCGACUAGCGCCUGCAGUCCUGACCCGCUCACACCGACUAGCGCCUGCAGUCCUGACCCGCUCACAGUGACUCGCCCCUGCAGUCCUGACCUGCUCACAGCGACUUCUCUCUGCAGACCUGACCCACUCACAGCGAAUUACCCCUGCAGUCCUGACCCGCUCAUUGCGACUUGCCCCUGCAGUCCUGACCCCCUCUCAGCGACUCGCCCCUUCAGUCCUGUCCCAAUCACAAGGACUUGCCCUCUCCAUCCUUACCCGCUCACAGCGACUUGCCCCCUCAGUCCUCAGCCCCUCACAGCGACUUGCCACCUCAGUCUUGACCCACUCACAGCGACCUCCCCCCUCUGUCCUGACCCCCUCACAGCAACCUGCCCCCUCCGUGCUGACCCCCUCACAGCAACCUGCCCCCUCCGUGCUGACCCGCUCACAGUGACUUGCCCCUGCAGUCCUGGCCCCGACACAGUGACCUGCCCCCUCACUCCUGACCCGCUCAACAUUGAGGAAACCAAGCAGAGGCUUGGGGACCGCUUUGCAGAACACCUCCACUCGGUUCGCAACAAACAACUGCACCUCCCAGUCGCGAACCAUUUUAACUCCCCCUCCCAUUCCUUGGACGACAUGUCCAUCAUGGGCCUCCUGCAGUGCCACAAUAAUGCCACCCGAAGGUUGCAAGAACAGCAACUCAUAAUCCGCUUUGGAACCCUGCAACCCAAUGGUAUCAAUGUGGACUUCACAAGCUUCAAAAACUCCCCCUCCCCAACUGCAUCCCAAAACCAGCCCAGUUCUUCCCCUCCCGCGACUGCAUCACAAAACCAGCCCAGCUGUUCCCUUCCCCCGACACCAGCCCAGCCGUUCCCUUCCCCCGACACCAGCCCAGCCGUUCCCUUCCCCCGACUGCUUCCCAAAACCAGCCCAGCCUGUCUCCGCCUCCUUAACCUGUUGUUCCUCUCACCCAUCCCUUCCUCCCACCUCAAGCCACACCUCCAUUUCCUACCUACCACCUCAUCCUGCCUCCUUGACCUGUCCAUCUUCCCUGGACUGAACUAUCCCCUCCCUCCCUCCUCACCUGUACUCUCCUCUCUACCUAUCUUGUUUUCUCUCCAUCUUCGGUCCGCAUCCCCCCCUCUGCCUAUUUAUUCCAGUUCCCUCUCCCAUCCCCGUCUCUCAUGAAGGGUCCAGGCCCGAAAUGUCAGCUUUUGUGCUCCUGAGAUGCUGCUUGGCCUGCUGUGUUCAUCCAGCUCCGCACUUCGUUAUCUUGGAUUCUCCAGCAUCUGCAGUUCCCAUUAUCAGUGGCAUUUUCCGCUUCAUCAAAGUUUGUGCAAAAGCAACACGAUAUGGGGCGGCACGGUGGCUCAGCGGUUAGCACUGCAGCCUCACAGCACUGGGGACCCAGGUUCAAUUCCAGCCUCAGGCAACUGUCUGUGUGCAAUUUGCACCUUGUCCCUGUGUCUGCGUGGGUUUCCUCCAGGUGUUUCAGUCUCGUCCCACAGUCCAAAGAUGUGCACGCUAGGUGGAUUGGCCUUGCUAAAUUGCCCAUAGUGUUCAGGGGCGUGGGUCUGGAUGGGAUGCUCCAAGGUUUGGUGUGCACUUGUGGGGCCAAAGGGCCUGUUUCCACACUGUAGGGAAUCUAAACAAUCCUGUUCCGACACCUCCAUGUUAUAACCCUGCUGAUCACUGCACACAGAGAUGUUUGAUAACAAAAGGAUAACAAUAAUAUUCAAACCCAGUGCUGGAAAUGUAAUUUAAAUGAGUAUUUGAAAUACAGAGGCCAGUGUCGAUCUUCAAUUCAACUUUUAUUUACAAAUGAUCUGUCUUCAACUUUAGCACUGCCUCAUUCAGAGAUAGUUGCCAGGGUGUCAGCGUCUCUGACCCUCACACUUCUUAUCUGUCAGCCAGGGCUCCCUGAUUUGGGCUGUUCAUAUGGAGCAAUCAGUCAACUCUCAUUCUGAGAGGUUCAACUGGCCGACCUGGUCACAAACCAGUGCGGUGUGUUCAUCGAAAAUCAAACAUGUACUAGAAAGGUACCAUUACAUACUAGUGUAAAGGAAGGCAUGACGCUAAACUGGGGAGAGAAGGGAACUGCUAAUGGGGGGUGGCCCAGAGAGUAGAAGAAAAUCGAAUGGGAAGAUGUUACCAUUUGAGACUGAGGGAGAGAGAUGUAAUUGCCUGAAUGAGGCAUUGCAAUUGCGAAAUGGAUUUUUGUGUGUACACCAUGUUCAGUUUCCCCGAUCUGUGCUCCUCUUUAAAUCAUUAGUAUCUGAAAUUUCUGUAUCAUUUCCAAAUGCUCUGUCUCUAAUGUUAUGCUGUUGGAAUUGGUUGAACUGCAGAGAUAUCAUUUAUUUGCACAAAUGUGUUCAGUGAAAUGAGUUGCAUGCUAUAUAUGUAUUAUUCUUCCUGAUUCUAUUGUACGCACACAAAUUAAAGUUAGUUC